UAAACAUCAAAAUUUGGCUUGUAUACGUAGUGUAUCAUGUAUGCCUGUGAUUUAAUGACAAAUGAAAUAGUGAUGCAGCUAUUCCUUUUAACUUUGUCCGCAUAUGUUUCGGUUUUUUAGUGCAUUUCGGAAGCCGGGAUGCUGUUGGAGUUUUCCCCAUCUCCCGGCGGAAGUGGUUGCUAGAAGUUUGGUAUUGCGGCGGCUAGCAAGCUAGGGCGUUGUUAGCGGCACGCACAAUUUUUUUAAUUUUUUUUUUACUCUCGUACAAAUGACGCCGAGCAUUGGGAGAAAACGUCUCGAGCGUCCCUGAAAGUUUUAACGCCUCUACGGGGUUAUAGUUCACCAAUAGUAGCUCGCGGGAGAGUGCUUGUUACUUUCUGUCCCGUUAGCUUGGCUACCUAGCCUAGCCUAGCCUGCUUUUGCAUCCACGGGAAGGAAUUGUGCGGAGAGACUGAGUGACUCCGUUCUGCUAACAUGGAGUCAAGGAGCGUCGAGCGGUGCUAACACACACACACUUUGCCCGGAUUCUCUUCUCGCCCCUGGAGGAGACUUUUUUUGUUUGUUUUCUUCAAAGGACGUGGACGUAGAAAAAAAAAGCCACUGGACAUUUAAAUAGUAUUUUUUUUCUCGUCGGGAUUCGGACUUUGCUUAGUUUGCAGUAUAAACAAGGGCACACGACAAAGUUUUUUUUUCUUUCUUCCCACCCAAUAGAGCUCAUCUGUUUUGUUAGCUUGAAGCUAGCAAGACUGAACUCUCCUUUCCUUUGAGGAUUCUCUCAAUCAAGCUUCUAGAUCAUAUACACAGUUUUUAUAUAUUUUUUUUUCGUUGUGCUCGUUUGUUUUAAACAUUACGGUAUCGAACGACUCUGACUCUGCAUGGUAACGGCAGAAUCGGGCAGGAGAUACCAAACCGCAAACUGCCGACUGCAGGAAUCCGUAGGAUCUCCCAGGGACGUUUAGUCCCCAUUCGAGCCGAGCAGGGGUGGUGGCAGACUGACUGCACCGCCACACUAUCCGUAACGUUGGAUUAUCCGAAAACUGGGAUGUGAAUGCGAGGGUUACACGCAUGCAAUUUGGGCCAGCAGUGUUAUUUAUCACCGAUACCCAGGCCCUGAUUAAUUUUUAGGGUCUGCACCAUUUUAAUCCAUUUUGCGGUGACCCAACUCGCCAAUACAUUGAGGAUAUUUGCCGUCGGAAUCUCUGCUCGCAUCUUCCUUUUAUAUUUAUUGAAUAUUUUUUUUGAAAAGGCCAUUUGUCACGAAUGCCAGAGAAGGACGCUCCACUAAAUCACCUCGUCACACUGGAAAAUGUUAAUCGGAUAUAAUUCCCUGCAAAUCUAGAACCGGAAGCCCAAUGAGUGACACACAGUCCAGCUUCACUGACAGGUUUCCCAAGAAAGCAAACAGAACUAGCAGCAUUCUCAGCAAAGACCACCCCCCGGACAAGAAACCUAAAAGUGACAAAACCUCACUUCCCUCCAAUGAAUUUGACCCGACAGAAGCUCUGUUGGUGCAGAAGAGUGGCAGCAGCAGUUUGCUAGCAGAGGGGAAGCCUGAGUCCUGUGGUCUGGUCCAGCGAUGUGUCAUCAUCCAGAAAGACGAAAAUGGCUUUGGGCUCACAGUCAGUGGCGACAAUCCGGUGUUUGUGCAGCUCGUCAAAGAAGAUGGUGCUGCAAUGCGGGCCGGCGUUCAGACAGGAGACAGGAUCAUCAAGGUUAAUGGAACCCUUGUGACACAUUCAAACCACAUUGAAGUGGUGAAGCUUAUCAAAUCGGGAGCCUAUGUGGCCCUCACAGUACUGGGUCGCCCUCCGGGGCUUGCCCAGAUCCCACUGUCUGAAGCGGAGUCUGAAAUGCUGGGUGUUAGCAUUUCCUCCCCAAAUUCACCAGCAGCCGAACGCCCAUACAGUCCUCAUGACCGGCUCGCCUCCACACCUCAAUGGGCAAUGAAGGAGGAGCACAUCAGAAACCCCUCCCCCAAACUACUGAAAGACAACCUGGAGGCUCAGAAACACAUUCCACAGCUGCAGGGUCAGCUCUUCAAGACCACCGGUGCAACACAGGAGGCUGCUCCAGGUGGAGAUGCAGAUGAUGGUAGCAUGUUUGAGACUGAGCACACUCUUCCGGCGGGAGACCAAAGUGCUGACUUGUCCUGGAACAGCACACCUAUUUCUGGGUUUGGACUCGGCUCUCCAGAGAGUUUAUGCCAGAGGGAAUUGUCCUGCCCCAGCCCCAAGAGCACACCCAGGAAUAGCUUCAACUCCUGCCACUCCCCAGACACUGAGGAUGCCACUGAUCUGGACUCACUGUCUCCCACCACAGUCAACAGUCCCUCCUCUCGCCUUGUCUCGCAUAUCAUUGGAGCUGAGGACGAUUAUUUUGAUUCUGACCAAGAGCAGACAAAUGGCCAGUUUAACCGUUUUACCAGCAUUGAGCAGCUCAAGUCUCGGCCCGCCCACCUCGCAGCAUUCAUGCAUCACGUCAUAUCUCAGUUCGAUCCAGCCCCGGUGCUGUGCUACCUCUAUGCUGACUUGUACAAGCAGACCAACUCCAAAGAGACCAGACGGGUGUUCAUGGACCUCCAUACCUUCUUCAUUGAUCGGGGAGCACACUUGAAAGUGGCAGUUCCAGAAUCAAUUUCUGCAGAUCUUGACCGGCGGCGGACAGAAUUGAUCCCAGAGGAAAUAAACAGACAGCAUGUUCAAACACUGCAGGAUUCUUUGCUCCCUGACAUCCAGAAGAACCUUGAGGAUUUCAGACAAAAGCGCAGUAUGGGCCUAACCGUUGCUGAAGUGGAGCUGGGAAGGCUGGACCAAGAAUGCGUGAGAGAUCGUGUCACCCUCGAGCGUGAACGCUCUUAUGCUGAAAAUAUCAUCACCAAGAUAGAGGAUAUCCUGGUUACUGCUCAGACGACAGAAGAGGAGAAGUGCACUACAAUGCAGUAUGUCAUUUAUACAUACAUGAAGCACCUUGGUGUGAGGGUCAAGGAACCUCGCAGUCUGGAGUCAAAACGGGUCCGGAUCAACUUCCUUCCUAAGAUUAAGAAAAGCAUUAAGACAGAAAAGGAUGGAGAAGAAAAGGUGAAGAAGCCCAGGUUUCCCAGUAUUCUUGGACCUCAGCGUCGGCCAAGCCGCAUUGAAGCCGCAUCAGUGGGCAAAGCCCUUGAUGGUCGGCCCAAGCCUCAGAAGCAGUUGUCUCAGCCUAGUCUUGGGGCCAGCGAGCACAUGGAUGGGGGUCGUUUAAGGGGCAGCCAAUCCAGCGAGGGCUCUGAGCUUACACACUCCACGUCUGUCACCACCUCGUCCCCAAACAGCACCCCCUCCAGCUCUGACGCGAGCCGAGACACAGACUUGGGUGGGACUCCAACUUCAGGAUCCACCAGGCUGAGCGAUGGUCUUCAGCCUGACCCUCUUGAUGGGUUGGCAUACCCAGCAUCGCACUUUGACCUUUACAGCAUGGACCAACUCCAAGAGGAUGACAGAGAAACUGACAGAACCCAUGAGGGAACGCCAAAGGCCAUCAGGAGGCUCGAGGGUCUGGGUACUGGUGAUGUCCAGAGCGAGGAUGACCAGGGAACAGACUCGGAGCAUGACCCCCUCAACUGGCAGCAGCUAGUGGGACGCGAGGUUCUGGCGGGUCUCAGGCCUCUUGAAAUCAAGAGACAGGAAGUUAUUAAUGAGUUAUUUUAUACAGAGCGUGCACACGUGCGGAUGCUGCGAGUUUUGGAUCACGUCUUCUACCAGAAGCUUUCAAAAGAUGCCAUCCUGCCUCCUGCCGACAUCAAACACAUCUUCACCAACUUGGAGGAGAUUCUACAACUGCAUGUUUCCAUUCUGGACCAAAUGGCAGCAGUUCGGAAGCGAAACGAGUCGUCAGUCAUUGAUCAGAUAGGCGAUGACUUACUCUUCUGGUUCAGUGGUGGAGAGGAGGAAAAGCUCAAACAGGCUGUGGGGACGUUCUGCAGUAAUCAGCCUUUUGCUCUGGAGAUUAUCAAGACCAAGCAGAAGAAAGACUCGCGCUUCAUUUCGUUCAUGCAGGAGGCGCAGAGUAACCGAUUGUGUCGGCGACUGCAGUUGAAAGACAUUAUUCCUGUUGAGAUGCUGAGGUUCACCAAGUACCCCCUGCUGCUGGACAACAUCUCCAAGUACACAGAUGAUGCAGUGGAGAAGGAGAAAGUGAAGCAGGCAGCCGACUGUUGUCGAAAGAUCCUCAAUCAUGUAAACCAGGCUGUUAAGGAAUCAGAAGACAAGCAGAGGCUGGAGGACUAUCAGAAAAGACUGGACCUGUCCUCACUUAAGCAGACGGACAACCCAAUGAUCCUGGAGCUAAAGAACCUGGAUCUAACCAAGAAAACCAUGGUGCAUGAGGGGCCACUGUCAUGGAAAGUGAACAAGGACAAGAUCAUUGAGCUGUACACUCUCUUGUUGGAGGACAUCCUGGUCCUGCUCCAGAAACAAGACGAUCGUCUCAUCCUCAAGUGUCACAGCAAGAACUUGGCAGGGACCGCCGACACCAAACACAUCUUCAGCCCCAUCAUCAAGCUCAACACUGUGCUGGUGCGCUCCGUGGCUACAGACAACAAGUCCUUCUUUGUGCUUUCCAUGUCUGAGAACGGUGCACAGAUCUACGAGCUGAUGGCGUCCACAGUAUCGGAUCAGAGAACGUGGCAGAAUUUGAUCACACAGCGAGCUGAAGCCAUGAAAGUCAAACCCCACAUUGUCAUACCUUUACCUCAGACAGAUGGGGAGCGAGACGGUGUGGAGAUCAUCACGGCCGGCGUCUCCAGGCUGAGUAAAGACCCAGACCGCACAUCUACUGGCAGCACUCAGUCCACAGAUAAAGAGAGCAGUCCAGCUGUGAGGCGUGUGACACCAAGCCCUUUACCUGCUAGCAAUCCUUACGAGGCGGAGAAGACGGAGGAAGAGGAGGAGGAAGGUUUUGUGGACCCAGAGCUUCCGUACCGAGGGACCGAAGAUUGCAGCGCAGACUCCUUUAACGUGUUU